CUACCGGCUGCGUUUUCAGAGUCGCCACCCAUUCGAAAUGCAUACAUACGUGCAUAUAUUCAACAUGCUUAUCAUGGCGCAACUCAUGUAGCUGUAAACGAAUUCCUCCGUGGCCAGAAAGCUCUUCUGCAGUAUAUCAAAGACUCCUUUUCUCCAGCCCUAUUUCCAGAUCUUGAUUCGAUGGCUAUCAUGCUCCCCGCAGUUGAGAGGCGGCUAGGUCUUUGCACUGGCCCUUAUCUGUUCUACUAUUUUAUCUGCAGUGAAUGCUGGGCCCCAUAUCAUAUUGAAGAACUCGCCACUCUGGAUUCCCCCAAAUGCACAGCCAAGUUGUGUUCUGGACAACUUUAUUCUAUGAAGACUUUAGGUAGUGGUGAUCAGAAGCGUUUUGACCACAUGCAACACUGGCGACAAGAUGGUGAUGAACCAGGGGCAAUCCCUCCCAUCGAAGAAGCUGAACAUUACAAAUCUCAUUCAGUGGAUGCAAAGAUGCAUGAUAUCCAUGAUGGAUGGGGAUGGCGUGCCAUUGAGGCAUGGGUGACUAGAACCUAUGAUUCUAAGGGACAUGUCAUUGAAGGAACUCGGAAGAAGCAUCGACAACGCUUCGUCGCUCUCCCAUGUGGACUUGUGUUUAUUUUCAGUAUUGACUGGUUCCAAAAUGCAACAUGGAAACAGUAUAGCCUCGGAGCCGUCUAUUUGACGAUUUGUAAUCUCCCUCGGUCUAUAUGGUAUCUGAUGGAGGAGACCAUCCUUUACAUGGUCAUUCCCGGGCCUUCAGAACCGAGCCAAAACCAGCUAAACUCGCUAUUAGAUCUC